AUGGCGGCCCACUCCCUAGACGGAUACCUACCACUCUCCCCUCACCAACACACUGGAGACCCACACUGGAGACCCACCCCGAAGAUCCCCCCACUGGAGACCCACCCUCGAGACCCACCCACUGGAGACCCACCCACUGGAGACCCACCCUGGAUUCCCAUCCACUGGAGAUCCCCGCCACUGGAGACCUCCCCCACUGGAGACCCACCCACUGGAGACCCCCCACUGGAGAUCCCACCCACUGGAGACCCACCCACUGGAGACCCACCCACUGGAGACCCACCCACUGGAGAUCCACCCUGGAGACCCCCCCACUGGAAACCCACCCCGGAGACCCACCCACUGGAGACCCACCCACUGGAGACCCACUGGAGACCCACCCACUGGAGACCCAUCCCUCUGGAGACCUCCCCACUGAAGACUCACCCUGGAGACCCAUCCACUGGAGACCCAUCCUGGAGACCCCCCACUGGACACUCACCCUGGAGACCCCUAUGCAGCUGGAGACCCAUCCUGGAGACCUCCCGCACUGGAGACCCACCCUGGAGACCCAUCCCGGAGGCCCCUAUGCCCCAGGAACACCUCUGGAUCCCUCUGGAGACCCCUAUGACCCUUGAAACAUCCCUUGGAACCGCCCUGGAGACCCCUAUGGCCCUUGGAAUACCCCUGGAGGCCACUGGAGACCCCUACGUCCCCUGA